UAUUGGUGAAAAAAUUAAAGAAAAAGCUUAAAAUUUGCUUAAGUAUUUGAUAUAAAUUAAAAAUUUUCAUUAAAAUAAUAAAUACUUAACAAAAAAUAAUUACUAAUAAAAAUUAAUAUAUGUGUAAGAGUUUGUAGGUUAAAUUUAUGUUUGAUGGAAAAUUUAAACAAUAUAGGGUUUAAACAAUAUACGUUUUCAAUAUUAAAGAAUAGCAACAACAACAACAAGUUGUCAACAAUUGUUUAGCCUUCCAGAGGUUGUGUAACAAAAUAAAUAUUGAAAACAGUUUGUCAGGAAUAAUUAUUUUCCACAAACUUAAACAAAAUUAUGUUUGUGUUAAAAUAAAACGGAAGCAAAUUUAUUAGUUAACUAAUUAAUUAUUAACUAAAACUUAAAUAAUCUUUAAAGGAAUUGAAAACAUUAUAAUAAAAUAUAUCAAAUAGUUUGUUAAAAACACGAGAAAAGUUUUCAAAAAUGCUGAAGUAUUGUUUACAAUUUUAAACUUAAAACAAAAUCCAACAACAACAAAAUGUCUACAGCUAUUACAACAACUAACAAUUUCACCACUAAUACCACUACCACCACCACCACCACUGCAUCACCUUUAAUCAGCAGUCAUAUGAAUAAAAUAUCCACCUCAACACCACAAAAACAUGCUCCCGAUGCUGCUGCUGUUUCGGCAGAAGCCUUGGCCGAUCUAAGUGGUUUAGCUGAUACCGAAACUUCUAAUGUGUUUAAUGAUGACACCAUCAAUACCAGCAGCCUAAGUCCUCAUCAUCAUCAUCAUAGUGGUAGUGGCAAUAAAUUAAAUAAAUCCACUUCAGCCUCCAAUAGUCCAGUGGCUAAACGUCAUAUUAAUUCGGGUUCCAUAACACGUAUACGUCCCCAGUCUAGUUACUCAGCUAGAGUAUUAAUAUUUGAUGAUUCCGAUCAAGAGUUGGGUGGUAGUGGUAGUAAUAAUAGCAAUGCUAGCGGUAGUGGUAAUAAUACUCAUGAUGGCACCACAAAGUCAUCCACUGGUUUGGAAAUGUUAGCCUCCUCGCCGAAAAAUGAUUCAUCGAUAUCUUCUUCACAGUCUUUAUUGCGUAAUUUGAAUUUGACUAAAUCCUCUUCGGGUGGUUUAUCGGGCAGUUCUAUAUCAUUGCCUGCCCGUGGUUAUGGUGCUCUAUUGCGUAAGAUAUCGUAUCAGCAGCAUACCUAUUCGAUGAGAUCGUCCAGUAAUGACUCUUCCAAUUUGGUACGCAUGCGUAAUACAUCUUUGGGUAAAUCGGCUCCUUGCCUCACUGGCAGUUCAUUUCGUGAACGUGACAAUAGUCUGUGUAAAACUGCAACAGCUCCUAAUGCUCUAACGCAAUCGCCCUCAUCAUCGUCAUGCAACAAUGCUUAUGCAUCAUCUUCUACAACUAACGCAGCAAAUAUUACUGCACCAACAGCAGGAACAUUAAAUAUUUCACGUUCCGGCAGUUGUGCCGGUCUCGGCAUAGGCAAACAUCAUUUGCAUGGUGUAGUAAUGCGCGGUAGUGGUGCCUCCAGUGGUGUAGCUCAUCAUCGUUUAAGUUUAGUGACAGGGGGUAUAGGUGCUGCAGCGGCCGCAGCAGCUGCGGCUUCUAAUACAAUGUCACAUUCACCCUAUUCGGCCAGUCCGGUUGAUAGUCCUCGCAUAAAUUCACCCAUGCAGUUUGCAUUUGCCCCCAUUAAACGUAUAGCUACAUGCCGUGGAGAUGGUAGAAGAUGGUCGGUAGCUUCAUUACCCUCAUCGGGUUAUGGUACAACACCGGGCAGUUCAAAUUUAUCAAGCCAGUGUUCUAGCCAGGAAGCAUUGCAUCAAUUACACAAUCUUUCGGGCCAGGAAGAAUUGCAUGUUUUGACGGGUGAACCGGGUAAUCCUAAUGCCAUUGUUAAUUGUUGUGCUGAGCAUAUGCAACAGCAACAACAAGCCAUAGCAGCAGCACAAACAAAUCGUCCUCAUUGUUUGAAACACUGUGCUUUAAUGAAUAACUCUACAACAACAACAGCAACACUAACAACGAAUAAACCAACCGUCCCGGGGCCACACAGUCCCAAACAAUUUCAAAAACAACAACAUGUGCCAACACAACCUCAACCACCAGCACCAGCCGGCUUUGUUUACAACAGCAAAUAUUGUCCUAAUUGUUGUGCAGAUGUCAGCAUGGUUUGCAGUGGUAAUGGCCAGCAGCAGCCGCAACAGCAACAACAGCCACAGCAGCCUAUGCAUAACAAUAACGCUGGAACCCCUGGUGGUUCACAAAGCAAUAAUAAUCAUAAUACAAGCAAUAGUGGUAGAAUAUCACCAUUCCACCGCCCUCGAUCAAGAUCUCUUUCAAGUCCCUCACGCAGUCCCGCCAUAGACAAUGAAAUUGCCAUGAUGAAUACUUUAUAUAAGGAACGUUUCCCCAAGGCCACCCAACAAAUGGAGGAACGUCUGAAACAUUUCAUCAAUGAAAACAAAUCAGCAGCCUGCAAUAGUUUUCGUGAUUCCCAGCCUAUAGUAAGAUUUGUACAUCAUCAGGUUUUGGAAAUGGCACGAGAUUGUCUCAAUAAAUCUGAGGCUAAAUUAAUUACCUCCAGAUAUUUCUAUGAAAUGAGUGAGAAUUUAGAACGUUUACUAUUGGAAACUAAGGAGAAAAGUCCAGAAGCGGCUGUCGAAUUGGCGGGUGUUAUAAAGAAGUUAUUGUUGAUUAUCUCAAGACCGGCAAGAUUGCUAGAGUGUUUAGAAUUUGAUCCAGAAGAAUUCUAUCAUUUACUGGAAGCCGCCGAGGGUCAAGCCAAGGCUAUACAAGGUAUUAAGGCCGAUAUACCCCAGUAUAUAAUACACAAAUUGGGUUUGAAUAGAGAUCCUAUAGCUGAAAUGCAACAAGAGGCUAAAGAAACUAGAGAAGCCUGUGAUACUAAGGGUGGUUCCGGUUCGGUUAAUACCAGUUUACUUAAUGACUCGGGUACACCUUGUUCUUUGCUAUUAAGUUCUCCUUUAACCUGUGUUUCGGCCACACUCAAUCCCAAUGCGGAAUUAAGUUUAUUGGCUAACAGUGGCACCAGCACGCCACACCCAGCCAUGCCUCUGCAACCACCACAAACACCGGUAGCCACCGCUGAUAUGCCCUCCUUUGCCAAGGCUAUACAAAAUCAAAAUAAUAAUCAAUUAGCCUCAUGUCAAGAACAAAGUAAUCUUGCAACUCCUACCAAUCAACAGCAAAUAACACAACAAGCUCCACCAGCUGCGGCUGCUGCGCCCCAACCCAUACCUAAUGAACAAGAUUUCGAUAUUGUUAAAUUGAUCUCAAAUGGUGCUUAUGGUGCAGUCUAUUUGGUUAAACAUAAAACUACCCGACAACGUUUUGCCAUGAAAAAAAUCAAUAAAAAUAAUCUCAUCCUACGCAAUCAAGUUGAGCAGGUUUUUGCUGAACGUGAUAUACUCUCAUUUGCCGAUAAUCCUUUUGUGGUCAGCAUGUAUUGUUCUUUUGAAACGAAAAAACAUCUAUGUCUGGUCAUGGAGUAUGUGGAGGGUGGUGAUUGUGCUACGCUUUUAAAGAAUAUUGGUCCUCUGCCCGCUGAUAUGGCGAGAUUUUAUUUUGCUGAAACCGUUUUGGCUGUGGAAUAUUUGCAUAGUUAUGGCAUAGUACAUCGUGAUUUGAAACCGGAUAAUUUAUUAAUUACCGCCUUGGGUCAUAUUAAACUGACCGAUUUUGGUCUCUCCAAAAUGGGUUUAAUGUCUUUGGCCACAAAUUUAUAUGAGGGUUAUAUAGAUUCGGAAACUAGACAGUUUUCGGAUAAACAGGUCUAUGGCACGCCCGAAUAUAUAGCCCCCGAGGUGAUAUUAAGACAAGGUUAUGGCAAACCUGUUGACUGGUGGUCUAUGGGUAUUAUUCUCUAUGAGUUUCUAAUAGGUUGUGUGCCAUUUUUUGGUGAAACCGCUGAAGAACUAUUUGCUCAUACUGUUAAUGAUGAUAUUGAAUGGCCGGAUAAUGAUGAUUGGCCGGUGCAACCAGAGGCUAAAGAUAUUAUAACCCAGCUAUUGCAACAAAACCCUAGAGAUCGUUUGGGUACCCAAGCGGGAGCUUUGGAAGUUAAGGAGCAUUUUUAUUUUGAUGGUUUAGAUUGGAAUUCUUUGUUAAGACAAAAGGCCGAAUUUGUGCCUCAACUCUCCAAUGAGGAUGAUACCAGUUAUUUUGAUACCCGCAUGGAUCGCUAUAAUCACGAUUUGGCCGGUGAGGAUACUGACGACACAGAUGAUACUCCCGUUAUUGGUUCAUUUUCUUCUUACACCCCACAAUAUCGUAAGCAACAUUAUUCAUGGUCUCGCGUUGCCUCUACCACUACCACUACCACCGUUAGUUCGACUACUACUACUACGCAUAGUUCUACAAGUUCGCUUAAUAAUACCAUCGCCACCACUCAUACAACAACUUCUGCUUUGGCCGAAACUAAAUUAAAUGUUACCGAGAGCGUGUCAUCACCUACAAAUACUGUUGAUUCAGUGGCAAAAUGUCGCAAAAUUGCUGCUCCCUUGGCCUCGCCUCAGAAUAUUAUUACUCAGCAAAUGGUGAAUAAGGUUUUGAAUACACCACAGUUAAGGAAAAUAGAGAUCUCUACCAGUUGCUUGAAAGUUCCUUCAACUCCGGAUGCCGAUUAUUUACCCGAAUUAUUGCAUAAUGUUACCAUAGGCAAUGAUAAUGAAAUGCGCAUUUUACAUCAAUUCCUACAGCAGCCACCUGGUAGCAGUAAUCAAAAUACUAGCCUACAACCUUUGAAACCAGAACGUCAUCAUAGACAUAGUAUGCCACCAAAUACUACAACCAUUAUAACCACCCCAGCUACACCACCAGCUGCUAUGGUUAAUGCUCCCGUAGAAGUGGGCACCAAUACAACAAAAUCAUUAGCAAAUACGGUAACAACUACAACACCUUCCAUAACUAGUAAUACAACCAAAACAAUGACAUCAACAACGACUUCUACUGCAACAAUAACAAACACCACCUUAAGUACAACAGCAACAACUUCAACAACUAUAACCACCGAUCGUAGACUUGCCGAUAUUCAUCGCAAAUUAGCAACAUUAGCCACAGCACGCAGUACACCUGAGUCAUCACAAACCGAUAGUGAUGAUUUUUCACCGCAGAUUGCACGUAAACGCAAGGGUGUUUGUGCUAGGGAUAUUUUACCUAGAUUUUCAAUAUCUAUAGAAGAUGAAACUAUUAGUGGAGGUUCUUCGUCGGCAGAAAAUACUAGAGAACAAUCACCUUUAGCUUUACAACAACAGAAAUCGAUGGAUAGCCACAUUGGAGUGAAAAAUCAUCGUUCACGUUCCUCGAUUGUUAAAUCCGCAUCAGCUUUGGGAUUAUCUCUGAUGUCCUCAGCAAUUGAUAAUUCCCAAUUGGCCCAACAAUUGUGCAAUAUCACGGCCGGUAUACAAUCACCCAGUGCCGUGGCUGGCGGUGGAGGUGGUGGUUCUAGCACCGCUUCCUCUCGGGACACUUCACCUUGCCGCGAAUUGUCUCCUUUGGUUACUAAUCUCAAGCCACCCAUUAUCAUACGUAGAGGACCCCGAGGUUUUGGUUUUACUGUCCAUACUAUAAGAGUGUACUAUGGAGAUACAGAUUUCUAUACCAUGCACCAUCUGGUCAUGGCUGUAGAUGAAGGCAGUCCUGCUUUUGAGGCCGGCCUAAGGCCAGCCGAUUUGAUUACUCAUGUCAAUGGUGAAACGGUACAGGGUCUAUUCCAUACACAGGUUUUACAAUUGCUUUUAAGUGGUGGUGAACAUGUGACCUUGAGAGCCACUCCCUUGGAACAUACUAGCAUUCAAAGUGGUGGUCGCAAGCGUGAUUUAAUGCAAAGUAAAUUGGCCAAGAAAGGAGUAAAUCGCCAAAAGAAACAAACGAAAAAAGAGCAUGAUAAAAAGCGCAAAACAUCGCUCUUCCGGCGCAUUAGCAGUAAGAGAGCCUCGGCGGAGAUACAACAGAUUGCUGCUGGCAUAAAUUCUCCUACUACGCCUUCUGCUAUGGCGGGAGGUGUUUCAAUUGCUAGGAAUUUGUCGCCCUUGGAUUCAUCUUAUCACAGCAGCAGUUGUUGUCAAUCUGCAGCCAACUCUUCACAGUCUACGUCACCUUCUUCGUCAUCACCCAACACCCCUACUGGGGGAAAUCAUAACAAUAAUAAUGGCGUCUCUACGGCUGGAAAUAAUACGGGAGUGGGUUUUGUAAGCACCUCGAAUGCGGUGCUAUUGCCCAUAGCUGGUUCAGUAGCAGGAGCAGCCACAGCUGGUGCCCCUGUAGGGGUCAUGGGCAACAUACCAGUUUCUCCUACGGCUGUUCCACAACUUUAUCAAAGGCCCUCUACCUUGCACGGCCUUAAACACAAACUUCACACUGGCUGUUCGGGCAAUGCAAAUGUCUGUCCCUCGGGCACAGGCGUUAAAACUCUACACACCAAUUCUGCUGCUUCUAUACCCAAUAGACGCAAAUCGGUGGGUCAUAUACCGCUCUCGCCUUUAGCCAGGACUCCCUCACCAUCACCACUACCCUCUUCACCCACAAGAUCACCUUCACCCCUGGCUUUCCCUCUAAUUGGACACCAGCCGGGCUCAUCGAAUACCACUCAAUCUUAUAGUCCUGGGGGUUCUUUACCGGUAGUACAGACAGUAACAGCUGGUUCUAAAAAGGCUGGUUUUGUGCGCACAAAAUCUUCAGAACCUUCUUCGCCUCUGCUAAGAAGAGCUCUAUCACCCGAUCGCCUACAUCCUCGUAGUGCUGAAUCAAAAUGUACACUAAUUUCACCAUUAUGUUGUUCACCACCCAUUAAACAGCCUCAGAGAGUAAUAAGCGGUGUUUGGCGUCCCAGCAACAACAGCAGUAACACUACGGCUCUAAAUAAUCAACCGGCUUUGCCGCCCAUAACCACACAUCCACAGUAUCAGCAACAACUACAGCAGGCCACAGCUGGUAAUAACGCAGCUGGAUCCAAUGCUAGCGGAGGUCGCCUCUUAGAACAACAGCAACAACAACAACAUCAUUCUCAUCAUCAUCCUCAACUUCAUCAUCAGCCACACUGUGAUCAUCUUUCCGAAGAACCAAUAUGUGAUACAACUUCUAUAAAUUCUCAAACUUCUGUCAGCAAUACGAAUGCUGCAUCUAAUGCCGCUGGUGGUGUUGGUGCUGCUGCUGCUGUUGCUGCCUUAGUAAGUACUCCGUCCGGUAUUGCUUUGCCAGCACCGGGUGAAAUGUUGCCUCGCAUUGCCGAAGAGAAGGACUCACCCACCAGUACUUCGGAAACAACACCCGGUUUUAUGCAAACCAUUAAUGAGCAUGAAGGUGAAAUUAACUAUAAUCAACAAUUGAAGGUAGAUAAAGACAAGGCUUUGGAAAAUAAAGCUAAACAACAACAACAGCAGCAGCAGCAACAAGAACAAGAUGCUGCUGCCGGUGGUGAUGGUAUUAAGGAAUUGAAAAGUCUUACUAUAAAUGCGAAAAACAACGAAAGCACAACUCAAGAAACUGCUUCAAAAACCAUAAAUAAUAAAAAUGCCACGCAACAAACUAAUACAAGUAGCAAUAGUAGCAUUAAUAAAACCACAAUUGAAUUAAAAACCAAUAAGUUAACCACCACAACUGCAAACGUAACUACAACCACCAACAGCAAUACAAUAACAAACACGUCAACAACACAAACUCAAGGAAAAUCAACAACAAAAACUAUAACAGGACGACGUGAACAAACAGUUGCUGCUACUACAAGUGUUAAUAAUGCAGCUGCUGGUGGUAGUGGUAAUGGAAGCGCUAAUAAAUCUUCUAAACAAAAAAAGUAAAGAAAACAAAUUGUAUAAAAAAAGUUUUAAGGCGUGUGUUUAAAGUGAGUGUGUGAUUGAUUGAUUGAUUGUAAGCUGCCCGAGUGAUUGAGAGAAGAUGUAUGCAAGAGAGUUUUUUGGUGUAAAGGUUUGAUACUAACGAAAUGUUUAAUAAUAACGUAAGUGUUUAAAUAGUUAUUGUUGUUUUAGUUCUUUUUUUGUCGGCUAAAUCUAUUACACUUAAAGAAUAAGCGGGAUUUUUAAUAAGAAAAACUAUUAAAAAAGAUUGUUUCUUUUCGAAGAGUGUAUUUUUUUCUCCUUUCUUAUUUGUUUUUAUUUUAAUUUUUAUUUUUUAGAAAAUUUUUGUAAUGUAAUUAAAAAAAAUUUAAACUUUAAACUUUUACUAUAUAUGUAAAUGCAAAACAAUUAUGCAAACUUAUAUAUUAUAUAGUAAAGUGAACAUAUAUAUAUUUAGCUUUUAGUCUAGAAGUAAAACAAACAAACCAUUUAAUCUUUUUUCUUUUCUUCUUUUGUUUUGAU